AGGCCUCAGAGCAGCAGCCACCAGGAGGGAGCCCUGUCUCCAGAUCUAUAGGGCCCAGCAUGUUGGAGCGAGGAGCUAACUCUUGGUUUUAUUCCUGUGAAACAAGGACACAGAGGGAGAAGGAGAAGAGGAGUCAGUGGCUUGCAGAGAUACUGACAAGGUACAAAGAGCAUAUGCUGAAGAACUUCCACCUGGCCCGGGUGCUUCCCUACUUGGUGUACGAUGGUGUGUUCUCCCUAAAAGAGUACAGAGAAAUCCUCAGUCAGGAACGCUACCCAGAAAAAGUGGAGUGCUUUUUCCUGAAGCUCUUCUCCAAAGGUCCAGGUGCUUUCUGUGCCUUCUGCGCUCAUCUGGAGGAGCUCAACCCUUACCUGCUCACCUCCCUUUUCCUUUAUUACCAAGAGCAAACCCAACGGAUCCUACGAGAUGUGCUUGUGGCAGAAGAGGCAGCGUGGAACGGGGCUCAAUGGGACUCUAGCACUGUCUCUGACCCAGAAGACCAAGAACAAAGGGCUCGGUUAUUUAACAAGGUAACUCCAUCCUCUGAAAACCCCCAUGGUGCUACUUCCAAUGUCAGCCAAGGAAAACCUUCUCUAAGACGAAUUAAAGGGAGACUACAUCGAAGCAAAAGCCUUGAUAGUAUCGACUUCUGUGAACUCACUAGCACAGCAAUGGAGGAAACAGCUAUAUGGGAACAGCACACAGUGACGCUUCACAGGGCUCCUGGGUUUGGAUUUGGAAUUGCAAUAUCUGGUGGAAGAGACAAUCCUCAUUUUCAGAGUGGGGAAACCUCCAUAGUGAUUUCUGAUGUGCUAAAAGGAGGGCCAGCUGAAGGACAGCUACAGGAAAAUGACCGAGUUGCAAUGGUUAAUGGAGUUUCAAUGGAUAAUGUUGAGCAUGCUUUUGCUGUUCAGCAGCUAAGGAAAAGUGGGAAAAAUGCAAAAAUUACCAUCCGAAGGAAGAAGAAAGUUCAGAUCCCUGUAAGUCAUCCAGAUCCUGAACCGGUAUCUGAUAAUGAAGAUGAUAGUUAUGAUGAGGAAGUACAUGAUCCAAGAAGUGGCCGUGGUGCUUUAGUUAACAGAAGGAGCGAGAAGAGCUGGGCAAGGGAUAGAAGCGCAAGCAGGGAGAGGAGCCUGUCCCCUCGCUCAGACAGGCGCUCGGUGGCCUCCAGUCAGCCUGCCAAACCCACCAAGGUCACAUUGGUGAAGUCUCGGAAAAAUGAAGAAUAUGGUCUUCGAUUGGCCAGCCAUAUAUUUGUAAAGGAAAUUUCACAAGAUAGUUUGGCAGCAAGAGAUGGUAACAUUCAAGAAGGGGAUGUUGUCUUGAAGAUAAAUGGUACUGUGACAGAAAAUAUGUCAUUGACAGAUGCGAAAACAUUGAUAGAACGGUCUAAAGGCAAGUUAAAAAUGGUAGUGCAAAGAGAUGAGCGGGCUACCUUAUUGAAUGUCCCCGAUCUUACGGAUAGUAUCCAUUCUGCUAAUGCCUCUGAAAGAGAUGACAUUUCAGAAAUUCAGUCACUAGCAUCAGACCAUUCAGGUCGCUCACAUGACAGGCCUCCCCGCCGCAGCCAGUCACGAUCUCCUGAUCAACGUUCCGAACCCUCUGAUCAUUCCACACAGUCUCCACAGCAGCCCAGCAAUGGCAGUCUCCGGAGUAGAGAGGAAGAGCGAAUGUCUAAACCUGGGGCCAUCUCAACUCCUGUAAAACAUGUAGAUGAUCAUACACCCAAAGCAGUGGAAGAAGUUACAGUUGAAAAAAAUGAGAAGCAGACACCCACUCUUCCAGAACCAAAGCCUGUGUAUGCUCAAGUUGGACAACCAGAUGUGGAUUUACCCGUCAGCCCUUCUGAUGGUGUUCUGCCUAAUUCAACUCAUGAAGAUGGAAUUCUUAGGCCCAGCAUGAAACUGGUAAAAUUCAGAAAAGGAGAUAGUGUGGGUUUGCGACUAGCUGGUGGAAAUGAUGUCGGAAUAUUUGUAGCUGGCGUUCUAGAAGAUAGCCCUGCAGCCAAAGAAGGCUUAGAGGAAGGUGAUCAAAUUCUCAGGGUGAACAAUGUAGAUUUCACAAAUAUCAUAAGAGAAGAGGCUGUCCUUUUCCUCCUCGACCUCCCCAAAGGUGAAGAAGUGACCAUAUUGGCUCAGAAGAAGAAGGAUGUUUAUCGCCGCAUUGUAGAAUCAGAUGUAGGAGAUUCAUUCUAUAUUAGAACGCAUUUUGAAUAUGAAAAGGAAUCUCCUUAUGGACUUAGUUUUAACAAAGGAGAGGUGUUCCGAGUCGUGGAUACCUUAUACAACGGAAAGCUGGGCUCUUGGCUUGCCAUUCGAAUUGGUAAAAAUCAUAAGGAGGUAGAACGAGGCAUCAUCCCUAAUAAGAACAGAGCUGAGCAGUUAGCCAGUGUACAGUACACACUUCCAAAGACAGCAGGUGGCGAUCGGGCAGACUUCUGGAGGUUCCGAGGUCUUCGAAGCUCCAAGAGAAAUCUUCGAAAAAGCAGAGAGGACUUGUCAGCUCAGCCAGUUCAAACGAAGUUCCCAGCUUAUGAAAGGGUUGUUCUUCGAGAAGCUGGAUUCCUAAGACCUGUAACCAUCUUUGGACCAAUAGCUGAUGUUGCCAGAGAAAAGUUGGCAAGAGAGGAACCGGAUAUUUAUCAGAUUGCAAAAAGUGAACCACGAGAUGCUGGAACUGACCAUCGUAGCUCUGGCAUUAUUCGCCUUCAUACAAUAAAGCAAAUCAUAGAUCAAGAUAAACAUGCUUUAUUAGAUGUAACGCCAAAUGCAGUCGAUCGUCUUAAUUAUGCACAGUGGUAUCCAAUUGUUGUGUUUCUUAACCCUGACUCUAAGCAAGGUGUAAAAACAAUGAGGAUGAGGCUAUGUCCAGAGUCCCGGAAAAGUGCCAGGAAGCUCUAUGAGCGGUCUCACAAACUUCGUAAGAAUAAUCACCAUCUUUUUACAACUACAAUUAACUUAAACUCAAUGAAUGAUGGUUGGUAUGGUGCCCUGAAAGAAGCGAUUCAGCAGCAACAGAACCAGCUGGUGUGGGUCUCUGAGGGGAAGGCGGAUGGUGCUACAAGUGAUGACCUUGAUUUGCAUGAUGAUCGUCUGUCCUACCUGUCAGCCCCAGGUAGUGAGUACUCAAUGUAUAGCACGGACAGUAGACACACUUCUGACUAUGAAGACACAGAUACAGAAGGCGGGGCCUACACUGAUCAAGAACUAGAUGAAACUCUUAAUGAUGAGGUGGGGACUCCACCGGAGUCUGCCAUUACACGGUCCUCUGAGCCUGUAAGAGAGGAUUCCUCUGGAAUGCAUCAUGAAAACCAAACAUAUCCUCCUUACUCACCACAAGCGCAGCCACAAGCUAUUCAUAGAAUAGACUCCCCUGGACUUAAGACAGCCUCUCAACAGAAAGCAGAAGCCUCAUCUCCAGUCCCUUACCUUUCGCCUGAAACAAACCCAGCAUCAUCAGCCUCUGCAGUUAAUCAUAAUGUAAAUUUAACUAAUGUCAGCCUGGAGGAGCCCACCCCAGCUCCUCCCACCUCGCACGUAUCACAAGCUGAUUGUUUAGGAGCACCAAGUACCGAGGCAGCUCACAUAGUGCUCAGAGCUGAAGGACCGCCAUUGCCGUCGCAUGUAGACCCAGCCAAGGUGUAUAGGAAGGAGCCAUAUCCUGAAGAAAUGAUGAGACAAAACCAUAUUUUAAAACAACCACCUCUUGGUCACCCAGGGCAGAGGCCAGAUAAAGAGCCAAAUCUAGCCUAUGAACCCCAACUUCCAUAUGUAGAAAAACAAGCCAGCAGAGACCUUGAGCAGCCGUCAUAUAGGUAUGAGUCCUCAAGCUACACAGACCAGUUUUCUCGGAACUAUGACCAUCGCCUACGAUUUGAGGAUCGAAUCCCUACCUAUGAAGACCAGUGGUCAUAUUAUGAUGACAAGCAGCCCUACCAACCUCGGCCUUUUGAUAAUCAGCAUCCCCGAGACCUGGACUCUAGACAGCAUCCUGAAGAGGCUUCAGAACGAGGUUAUUUCCAGCGUUUUGAAGAGCCAGCCCCUCUGUCAUACGACAGCAGAACACGCUACGAGCAGCUGCCUCGAACCUCUACUCUCCGACAUGAAGAGCAGCCAACCCCUGGAUAUGAGGUGCACAAUAGGUACAGGCCAGAGGCACAGCCCUAUUCUUCAGCAGGUCCUAAGUCAUCUGAGCCCAAGCAGUACUUUGACCAGUACCCACGAGGUUAUGAGCAAGUACCACCACCAGGAUUUACCUCCAAAACAGGCCAUUAUGAGCCUCUCCAUGGUGCUGCAGUUGUUCCUCCUCUGAUACCUUCCUCUCAGCAUAAGCCAGAAGUUCUGCCCUCAGCUACCAAACCACAGCCUCCACCCUCAACCCUAACUGAAGAAGAGGAGGAUCCAGCAAUGAAACCACAGUCUGUGCUCACCAGAGUCAAAAUGUUUGAAAACAAAAGAUCUGCAUCUUUGGAGAACAAGAAAGAUGUGAAUGACACUGCCAGCUUUAAGCCUCCGGAAGUAGCAUCUAAACCUCCAAGUGCUUCUCUUGCUGGCCCUAAACCUGUUCCUCAGAAUCAGUUCAGUGAGCACGACAAAACCCUCUACAGGCUUCCAGAGCCUCAGAAACCUCAAGUAAAGCCUCCUGAAGAUAUUGUUCGGUCAAAUCAUUAUGACCCUGAAGAGGAUGAAGAGUAUUACCGGAAACAGCUCUCUUACUUUGACCGAAGGAGUUUUGAAAGCAAGCCUCCCGCACAUAUUCCUGCUGGCCAUCACUCAGAGCCUGCCAAGCCAGUUCAUUCUCAGAGUCAGCCAAAUUUCUCUAGUUAUUCUUCAAAGGGAAAACCUGAAACUGAUGCUGUGGAUAGAUCAUUCAGUGAGAAACGUUAUGAUCCAACCCAGGCCACGCCUCCUCCUCCUCCAUUGCCCUCACAGUACAGCCAACCAGCUCCACCUCCGUCCAGCUCUUCUCUCCACAUACAUUCCAAGGGCGCCCAGGGUGAAGGCAGUUCAGGAUCGUUGGAUUUUCAGAACUCAUACAUGUCCAAACCAGACCCACCCCCAUCUCAGAACAAACCAGCAGCUUUCAGACCACCAGCCCGAGAAGACCCUCCUCAGACUUUCUAUCCCCAGAAAAGUUUCCCAGACAAAGCUCCAGUUAAUGGAGCUGAGCAGACUCAGAAAACCAUCACUCCAGCAUACAAUCGAUUCACACCAAAGCCGUACACAAGCUCUGCCCGGCCAUUUGAGCGCAAAUUUGAAAGUCCAAAGUUCAACCAUAAUCUUCUGCCAAGUGAAACUGUACAUAAACCUGAAUUGUCUUUAAAAACUCCCACUUCUCCAAAAACUCUUAUGAAAGCUCAUAGUUCAGCACAGCCUCCUGAGUUUGACAGUGGAGUCGAAACAUUCUCUGUUCACACAGAUAAGCCUAAAUAUCAAAUAAAUAAUAUCAGCACCAUGCCUAAAGCUGUUCCUGUGAGUCCUUCAGCGGUGGAAGAAGAUGAAGAUGAGGAUGGUCAUACUGUAGUGGCUACAGCCCGAGGCAUCUUUAACAGCAAUGGUGGUGUGUUGAGUUCCAUAGAGACCGGUGUUAGUAUAAUCAUCCCACAAGGAGCCAUUCCUGAAGGAAUCGAGCAAGAAAUCUAUUUUAAAGUCUGCAGAGACAAUAGCAUCCUCCCACCUUUAGAUAAAGAGAAAGGUGAAACUCUGCUGAGCCCCCUAGUGAUGUGUGGGCCCCAUGGCCUCAAGUUCCUGAAGCCUGUGGAGCUGCGCCUGCCACACUGUGCGUCCAUGACUCCUGACGGUUGGUCUUUUGCUCUAAAAUCAUCCGACUCCUCGUCGGGUGACCCUAAAACCUGGCAAAACAAGUGUCUUCCUGGAGAUCCGAAUUACCUUGUUGGAGCCAACUGUGUUUCUGUCCUGAUUGACCACUUUUAAUUCUUAGCGUAUAGGAACUUGACUAAGCAAUGUGAACAUGGAUUGAAUUUACUAAAUCUAAAUGGAACCACUCUAAUGAGUAUUAUAUUUUCUUAGAAUUUAUACUGCAAUUAGUAGUAUUAAGCAUUUGUUGGAACUGAUGAAGGUUAGUGAGCAUGCCCCUGAACCAUGGUCAGAAAACAUGCUACAAGCUAUGUGUUAUUGAGUGAAGAACUGUCAGGCAUUGGCUAGAGGUUCAAAGAUAUUUUGCUUUAUAAUGAUUUUUGUACUUUUUUAUGGUCACUGCUUAACUUCACAUACUGAUUUCCGUUAAAAAUACCAGCCAGUAAAUGGGGGUGCAUUUGAGUUCUGUUCUUUCCAAAGUACACUCAAACUUUAUUAUGGCCUUGGCCUAGCAUAUACAUUUUAUUUUAUUAUGCAUGAGGUAAUGUGCACACAUUUUUUACAAAUGCACCUGGAAUAUAUAACCAGUGUAGUGGAUUUAACAGAAAUGUACAGCAGGGGGCUUUAUAACUUGGGGAGGGAGGGUCAAAUGAAGACAAUUACUCAUUGUAUAUGAAAACACAUUUCUCUUAGGGAAGGACACCAAAGCAUGUAAGCCUGGUUCCGUGGCCUCUGAAUCUAUAAAUUAACAUAUCACCACAGACAUCUAACCAGCAGGAAUGCCUUACCCUCAUGGUUUAAUUCUUGGAUCAUUUCGCUGUGUAUUACUAAGUUUUUAUGAGUUCUGUGCAUAUCUAGAUACUGUGUCAUGGAAAAGACUGAGCACAUUGUGGACUUGAUGGUUUCAGACAUGUGUAAAUCACCCGGAAGAAAAUAAUGGUGUGACUUAAAAUAUUUUUUUUUUUUUUUGACAAGGGGGAGUGGUGGUUUUCUGUUCUUUGGCUAUGCAUCUGAGAUGUUUGAUGUUUUCAGGACGCAUGUACAUAAUGCGUGCAUACCACUUUUGUUCUUGGUUUGUAAAUUAACUUUUAUAAACUUUACCUUUUUAUACAUAAACAGAACCAAGUUUCUAAGGCUACCUUUGUAUUCUCUCCUGUACCUCUUGAGCCUUGAACUUUGACCUCUGCAGCAAUAAAGCAGCAUUUCUACACAUACAAGGUCAUUUUUUUAAGAAAAAGAAUGCACAGAGUUGUUACAUUUUUAAGUGCUGCAUUUAAAAGAUACAGUUACUCUAGUUUGAUUAAAUUCUUGCAAAGUAUCCCUUCUGUAAAAUUUGUGAUACAAUACUGUGCCCUAAAGUGUAUUUUUUUACUAAUAGACAGUUUAUUAUGGCACAUCAGCACGAUUUCUGUUUAGAUAAUACACCACUGCAUUCUGUUAAUAAUCAUUAGGUGUGAAAGGAUUUCUUUUGUGGUUAUUAAAAAUCUCAAAUUUCUAAAUCUGCAAGAAUAAAACUUUUUAAAAUACAA